AUGGACUUACCAGAAGCUGUGACGAAUAAGCUCAUUGAACUUGAUGGAGAGAACCGUCAGUUGAAAUUGGACAUAGCCCGGAAGGACUCGGCUAUAAGAAAUAGGGAUGAAACUCUUGUAGAGCUUGAAGAGGAAAACAGAAAGUUGCUCGAGCGUAAUUCGGAGCUACUCAAAACAUCGAAAGACACAUCAGCAUAUGAAAGCAAAAUAGUAUAUUUACGUGGCCAGUUCGAUGACGCCAAUGAUCAGAUAGUACAUCUAAAAACAAAAUGUAAACAGUUGGAAGAUGCAUUGAAAGAGCAGAGUGAUGUACAAGAAAUCUAUAGACCUAUACGAACACCCACGCCUCCUCCUUUAAGGAACAUUGAAGAUGAGGAGGAGUAUAUUCGACUCAGAGAAGAGCUUGAUGAUACCAAAAUAGAUCUAAGUUGUUGUAUAGAAAAACUGCGUUAUUCUGAAGAAGAACAUAGCCAAACUAAAAGGUUGGUGGAAGAUCUCUAUGAAGAAAUAAAGGAACUGCAACGAUCUUUAAAGGAGAUGAGAGAAGAGAAGGCUGAACUUGAGGCUAAGCUAUGUGAAACGGAAAACAAUCUACCAUUUGCUUCGAAAGGAAACUCUAUGUUUGGAGAGUUUGUUCAUGAGAGAAAGGUUCUGGAAGCUGAUUUGAAGAAGCUGUUCAAUCAAUGUGAAGGCUUGAAGAAGGAAAAUUAUAAUUUAACAAAUGAACUGGAGGAAGCUCGACUUUUGGCUCUUCGUAGGACAGGAGCUGCCACUGUCGUGCGCUGCCAAUGCGAAGAUAUGAGAGUCGAAUUGAUGAGAGCUCGUAACAAAAUAGAUGCAUCGGAAUCCCGAAUUCAAUCCUUGAAUAAUGAGAAGCUCAGAAUGGUAGAAGGUCUGAAAGGACCGUCUAUCGACUCUAUGCUUAGAGCUCAGUUUUCAAGUUUAAAGGCGGAACUAGAGUUUUCAAAGAGACAGAAUGCGGAAUUACUGAAAGAGAGAAACCUUUUACUAGACGAUAGAAAUCUCGUUAAGGCUAAUUUAAGAAGAGCAGAGAAUGCCGAGAAAAUUGCAAAAGAAGAUGUAGCAGCUCUCACAAGUCAAAUUCAAUUAAUGAAACAAAGACGAAAUGAAGAGCAAGGUCUCAUUGACUCCACCACUGUACAAAACCUCGCUGUGGAAAAAAUAACGAAACUCAUAGCACCACCUGCUGCAAUACUUAACAGUAUGAUUCAUUCAACUCCUGUAAGGAAAGAUCUAACUGGAUUCAAAACUCCGUUACCACCAUCUAUGACUAAAGGAGAUGAAUCUAUGCGAAUAACUCCAAACAUGACUAGCCCUAAAAGCUCUGUGCGGAAAUCAAACAUGCUAGGCAAUGUUACUCUAUCUGAUAGAGCAGAAAACCGUAGAGAAAUAACCACCGCAACAGAAAGAAGACUACAACGUCAGAAGUUUCAAGGACCUAGAAGAGCUGUUCCUACUGUGAAGCCACCUUGCAAUUUAGCAACCUUCCGAAUGGUAGUGGGCACUCCAAAAGGAGUUAGUACACCCUCUGAAGCUACAGCAAAGGCAGAUGAAACCUCUACAAUGACAGAUGAAACCUCUACAAUGACAGACCAUCAAUUGCAUCAACCUGAUGAGAAUAUGGAAGUGUAA